CAUAUCGCCUUUGGACUCAGAUGGGGAUGGCCAAUCUAACCCAUAAGCCCGGGGAUUGAGCGGAUCAUUGAGUGAUUUAAAUUGUAUAUUUUGUUCAACCCACACGAACACGUGUGUUCGGCAAUUUCUAUCAUCUAACCACCAAAGCCCGACGCCUUCCCCCCCCAAAUUCUGUGAUAUGCUUCGUCGUAGCCACAAAAAGUCAUGGGGAGGCUGUCUCCAAUGCAAGCGACGGCAUGUCAAGUGCGAUGAAAGCCGCCCCAGUUGCGUUCUAUGUUCCAUGUCAGGCCGGGAUUGUAGCUUUUCAUCUCAGUCCCAGCCGUCUCUUGACAGACUCUCUGCAUCCAGUGGUUCGCCUCAUGAACCGAUAAUACGCAUACACAACAAUCGCAGCCAAAGUGGUAUCGCCAUACCUGAUAUCACCCCCUUUACCGCCUCCUCUAUUUCCAAUUCCGGCUCCCCGGAAGGGCUAAGUGCCAAUAAUCACCAUGACCCAACCCUUGACGAAACCGUCAACCCCAUGCAUAUGGAACUUCUCAUGCACUUGCUCCUCGAAAAGGAAAUGUUCAGUCUUGGUAUAAAAGUCGGUGACUACUCGUCCAAUAUCACCAUCGCUCUCAAGUUAGGCCUCAAAUCACCAUAUCUUUUGCAUCAGCUACUCGCCUUCUCCGCCCGCCAUCUGGCGUUCCUACAUCCCUAUCGGUCAGCCUCUUACCUCCACCAGGCCGUCACCUUGCAAACCUGCGCCGUCUCGCUCUUCAACGCCGCCUGGACCGAUUUUGACCAAUCAAACUGCGUCGAGGUGCUCCUCUUCUCGUCGAUCUUAGGGCACCAUCUCCUCACUGACACUCUCGCAAAACGGGAUGAGGGUGGGCUGGUGCCGUUUAUAACACACUAUAUCCAGUGCGUCGAGGUUCACAGGGGAAUCUACACUAUUGCUCGCACCGUGUGGCCAUCGCUAAUGGACUCGGAGCUUGGGCCAAUCCUUUCACUGACCGCGGAGUUUACCUCGAGGCUGCCCAAGGGUAGCCACUGCCAACAAAUCAGGGAGCUUGUGGACUGCUCCGACGGGUUGGGAAAAGAGGCCAAGACGGCAUGUCAAAUAGCGAUCGAUUACCUUCAAGUCGGGUUUGAUGCGGUGGUAGCGGAUGAAGAGACACAUGGAGUCCGACAUCAGAUGAUAUUCUCCUGGACGCUACUGGUGCCGCCGGAGCUCACAGACUUGUUUGCCGCUAAGCAGCCGGAAGCAUUGGUCUUACUGGCGUAUUAUGCGGUUUUGUUGCAUCAUGGAAGAAAUAUGUGGCAGGUUGGAGACUCAGGGGCGUACAUAUUAGGCAUUGUUGUGGAGUAUCUCGGCCCCGAGUGGGAUCGUUGGCUUAAAUACCCACAUGAGAUGGUAGCAAGCGGACUUGAGGAUCCCACCUAAUCAUAUAUCAAGCCAUGCUGUGUUUGAACAUAUAUUCAUGAACCCAGCGUCUUCUAUUGAUAUGGAAUAGACGUGGGAUGACCCGCUGCCCGAAAGUUUAACCACAAGAACGCCCCCCAUAAUAAUUGCAAUGUCAUAACUGCUACCUUUCGCCGCCCAUAAUUCUCAAAACCCUCUC